AUGGCUGAGUCGCAUCAGUUGCGCAUCAGCCAACGCCAAAACCUCAAUGACGUCAGCGUGAACGGGGGUCCCUACCACUCGGACAACUCGACCGCCAGCUUUGAUGCUGCUACUUCCCGGAUGCAGCGGAUCCGGGCAAUGCAGGAGGAGCAGCGCCUCAUGCCUGGGUCUAUCGACCGACGCGCCCCCGUCGACAAGAUCCAGGUCGAAGUCAAGGAGCACGCGGGGAUUACGUAUGCGCGCAAGAACACGCUAGCGGGAUACUUCACACAACAAAGCAUCUGCUCUUGA